UGUACAGUGUCAUUCAUCAUCUAAAGACUAGCGACUAGAGAGCUGGAAUCGUCGUAGUACUCUCUUCUUUUCCUUUCAAGCCCGACCUCUCCUCACUAUCUCCAUCUCGAGCCGAGCAAUUCUGCUGCAUCGUACGCUCCUCAGUGCUCUUCUCCGAGCACCCGCUAGACGGUCUCUUCCACCUUCGGUUCACCUUCAAAUCAGCCUAACAUCUCUCGCUCCUCCUUCAAGGCGAUUCACCAUGUCUGAAUCUCCUCUCUCUGAAGUCCCCGGAUCUCCUCCGGUCGUUGCUGCUGCAAAAACAGCGGGCAAACGGGCUAAAAAGGUGACGGCGUACAAGGACGAAUCGAGCGAGUUGUCUUCCGAAGAGGACGUGAAGCCGGCUUCCAAGAAGGCCAAGACGAAUAGCGGAAAGGCUCAGACAAAGGCCAAAGCUCCGGCAAAGAAGCCCAAGGUAGCAAAGGAUUCCGAGGAAGCAGUUGAUGAGGUCACCGAAGAAUCGGCUAAACCUGCUGCCAAAAAGGCUGCUCCUAAGAAACGUGUGCCCAAGGUCGACCCCUUUUCGGAAGAAGCCCUCGGCUCGCAUCCAUGUCGAUGCGGACCUCCUGCCUCUCUCGGUCACAACGCCUCUAAAGAAUCCAAAUACCACACCUCUCAAGGUCCUACUCAUCGCAUUGGCGCCCAUACGUCGGCCUCGGGAGGAAUAGAGAAUGCGCUCGUUAACGCCUCUCAGCUGGGCGGGCGGGCGCUGGCGUUGUUCUUGAAGAAUCAGAGGAAGUGGGAGAGCAGUCCUCUGGACGAAGAUGGGGUCAAGAAGUUUAGAAAGUUGAUGCUGGAGAGGGAUAUGGGAGGUUUAGAUUACUCGGCAGACUAUAUCCUGCCUCACGGAUCGUACCUCAUCAAUCUGGGCAACCCAGAUGCGUCAAAGCGGGAAACCUCUUACAAGUGUUUCCUGGACGACCUCAAGCGGUGCGAACAGCUUGGGAUCCAUCUGUACAACUGGCAUCCCGGGUCGACGGUGGGAGCUUGUACCAAGGAAGAAGCGUUGAAGAACGUCGCAGCGAGUAUCAACCGGGCACACAAAGAGACCGAAUUCGUGAUACCGGUCAUCGAGAACAUGGCAGGAGCGGGGAAUAUUUUGGGAGCAACAUGGGAGGAUCUGGCUACCAUCAUCGAGCACGUAGAGAACAAGGACAGGGUGGGCGUUUGCAUAGAUACGUGCCACAUGUUUGCGGCUGGCUAUGACAUCCGUACGAGGGAGACGUAUGAGGAAUCCAUAAGCUCGUUCGAUCGGAUAGUCGGGCUCAAGUACCUCAAGGGGAUGCACAUCAAUGAUAGUCAGGGAGGCGGCUUCAAUUGCAAGAAGGACAGGCACGACAAUAUCGGAUUAGGGGAGAUCGGAAUGGCCGCCUUCCGAUUUGUAGUACAAGACCCACGGCUCGCCAACAUCCCUUUGAUCCUGGAAACCCCGACUUUCGAAGAGACCGAAGUGUGGCGACGCGAGAUGGAGAUCUUGUACGAGCUCCAGGAAGUCGAUGGGACGGAAGAAGAGGUCGAGGCCAAGUUGAAGGAGAUGACUGAAAGCUGGAGAGAAGAGUUGAAGGCGAUGAGGGAGAAGAGCGGCAAGGGACCGAAACCGAAGCCGGCCAAGAACGAGUCUGCGCCCAAGGCCAAGGGGAAGAAGGCACCGGCAGCAAAGAGGAGGCGGGGAAAGAAGGCAUCAGAAAGUGAAGAGGAAGAGGAAGAGUAGGCGAGCGGGCCCGUCCAAGUGACCUUGAAUGAUCUGUAGCCAGGUCAAAUCUGACUGUAUCGAGGACCAUAUAUGAUCUCCGUUUCGCACAGA